CCCAGCUGAGGAUUCGCCAAGGGAAAGAAAUUACUGUACAAAGUGUUAUUAGAGGUGAUGUGUGAAGCUGAGAAGGGAAGGUUUUGGGCCCCUGAACAUUGUGGAAGCAGCAUCUUGUCUGCUGGUGGACUGAUGGGGUGCCUUGAUGGGCAUGGAGAGUGUGCACACUGCCAAGAAAGUGGAGGCCACGGGGCAUGAGGAGGGCGUGGAUACAAAACAAUGCAUAACUUACAUGGUCGGGGAACACGAUACCAACACAGUGCGGAUUUUAACCUAUGGGGGCGUGCCAUCCACCUCCUCAGCCUAAGUUCACGUUUUGUUAGGGAGCUCAGAAAUUCUAGGUACAGCCCUGCAUCCGCAUAAAUAAUAUUUUUUAUAAUUUUUCAUUACCUCCAGUAAUGGAAAAACAACCCCCUGGACUCCCUAAACUGGGUGGAAUGCUCAACCCAGAGUUACGGUUUUGGAUGUAUGCAGUUGGAUUCUAGGGAAAAUGUGGUUCCUGUGGUUCCUUUCAAUUAACCAUCCAUCCAUCCAUCUUCCAAGUUUUUGGACUGUGGGGGGGAAACCGGAGUACCCGGAGGAAACCCCACGACGACAUGGGGAGAACAUGCAAACUCCACACACAUGUGACCCAGGCGGAGACUUGAACCCGGGUCCUAGUGGUGUGAGGCAACAGUGCUAACCACUGCACCACCAUGCCGCCCCCUUCAAUUAACCAAACAGGAAUAAAAAUGAAACAUACGGUGGAGUUUUAUACCGCAUUAUAUGAACUUUAAAAGGUUUCAUCAUAGCAAAAUGAGCAAUACAUGUGAACAAAAGGGACCGUUUUCUCAAUCGUUAAAUGUAAAGCGGAACGGCAGUGAGAGAGACGCUUUGGGGAGAGGUGCGUCACCCCCUGUAUUUUAACAGAGCCUUGUAGGCGGCUCAUCAUUGGCCGGCGUCCCGGGUCGUCUCCCCCCCCCCCUCGUCUACCUACCCCCCAGCCCAUAAAACGCGCCGGGAGCGCUGCGCUUCCUCCGGAGAGCAGGAAUGUCCGCGGCGCGGGACGCGAGGAAACCGCGCCGCAUCAUGACAGUCUGACCGGUGUUUUUGCGCACGAACGGAGAUAUAGGACGCGAUGCGAGUCGCCCCGCCGGGUCGGAUCACCGCGAAGUGCAGACACCUCCAGCAUCUCUCCCGCCGGCAUUUCACUUUCCAGCGAUUGUCCAGAGGACUUCAGAUACAGUAAACUAAAGUACUAUUGUGAGCUGUUUUCCCAGAAUCCCCGGCUCAGUAUCCCCCCCCUCCCCACAGAGAGUGUCCACAGAGGGGGCCAAUAAACACAAGGGAAAGGAAAGCCAAUCACAUCGUCACUCGGUGUAGUAAGAACAGAGGCGGCCAAUCAUGCGGGACUCUGUAUUCAACUGCUGCUUUCUCCCACCCCCUCCCCCAGGCGAGGUGGAAAUCUUGAACCGGCGGCCUGGCAAAAUGGCCGCUCCCGCCGACAAGCGCUUCCUGAUAUUUUUUGACUUCGACGAGACCAUCGUGGAUCAGUGCAGUGAUGAUGUGGUGGUCCAGGCUGCUCCUGGCCAGAGGCUCCCUAGCUGGCUGAAAGAUACGUACCAGCCCGGGCACUACAACGAGUACAUGCAGCGGGUGCUGGCCUACAUGGCGGAGCAGGGUGUGACGGAACAGGCCAUCCGAUCUGUCAUCGAGAAGAUCCCCGCCUCGCCCGGCAUCCUAACCCUUUUCCAGUACCUGCACACCCGUACCCAAGACUUCGAGAUCGUGCUGGUGUCUGACGCCAACAUGUUCUUCAUCGAGACCUGGCUCCGCCGUGCAGGUGCCCGUCAGCUCUUCCUCAAGAUCUUCACCAAUCCCGCAUCCUUCAACGAAGACGGCCGCCUUCUCCUGGGGCCCUACCACGCCCACAACUGUCCCCGCUGCCCGGAGAACAUGUGUAAGCAGGUCAUCGUGCGAGACCACCUGGCCAGGCGGAUCCGGGAGCGAGGACGCCCCUACCAACAUGUCUUCUACGUCGGAGAUGGGGCCAACGACUUUUGCCCCUCGCUGGUCCUGGGUCCCCGCGACACAGCCUUUGCCCGCCGCGAUUACCCCAUGCACAAGCUCAUCAUGGAGGUGCAGGCCGACUUCAAGGCUACCGUAGUCCCCUGGGCCAGUGGGGAGGAUGUGGUGGCACGUCUGAGAAGGCUGGUGGAGGAGAAAUAAAGCUUGAGGGCCAAGUGGAUGACAGACGCACCUCCCAGACAGACGCCACCUCCCUGACAGACGCACUCUCCCAGACAGACGCACCUCCCAGACAGACGCCACCUCCCUGACAGACGCACCUCCCAGACAGACGCACCUCCCUGACAGACGCCACCUCCCUGACAGACGCACUCUCCCUGACAGACGCACUCACCCAGACAGACGCACCUCCCAGACAGACGCACCUCCCUGACAGACGCCACCUCCCUGACAGACGCCACCUCCCUGACAGACGCCACCUCCCAGACAGACGCACCUCCCUGACAGACGCACCUCCCUGACAGACGCCACCUCCCUGACAGACGCCACCUCCCAGACAGACGCACCUCCCAGACAGACGCACCUCCCUGACUCACAGAAUGCAUUAUGUAUUUGUGCCAGAGUGGCAGACAGCUCUUAGAAAGAAAAGAGUAAAAAUGUACCCUUGCAUUUGUACCUUAUAAGGUACAGAAAUGGACUCUGAGGAACACCCCAAAGGUACAAAUAGCAUUAAUGUACCAUCAAUGGUACAGAAAUGUUCCUCAGAUUCCAUUUCUUUACCUUAAAAGGUACAAUUACCUAAGGCUAAGGGUACAAAUGGCAGACCCUUGAAGGUACAAAGUUUUACCUCUUUUUUUCUGAAACUAGCAAAAAAAUAAGCACAAGUAUAUAACUCAGGCGACCAGCUAAAUCUGCCAUGAAACAGCACUACCUGAUUAGCUGAUAAACCCCCGCAACCAACAAAAAUGGUUGCCUGAAAUUAUCAGUGUCUAAAUGAAAAUUCAUAGAGUCAGAACCCAAUAUAAUCUUGGUUUCUGUUGGAUGAAAACAAAUUUUGUGCCACACAUCUAGGCUUCUUUACAUAGUCAGUGUCAUAAAGCCAGCAAACUGAUUGAAAUAAUUUUUUAUCCUGCCCUCAGUUUCAAAGACUGAUAUCUUGUCAUUAAAGCAUGAAUACUGUUGGUAACCACGUUCAACCUCAUACGUCUGAAUCUGCGAUAUCAGAUAACAGCAUUAGUGGUGUACUGCUUACAUUAGGAAUGACUAUUAAUUGGAACUGGAAUGAUUAAGAAUAGAAAUUGAAAUCUAACCAGCUAACUAUCCUAACUGUAGUUUUAUUUGUAAUUAUGUAACGUAAUUUAAUAAUAACAAAACAAAUAUAACUUCGUGAUUUCUGGACGUCAUGAAUCUAUGAAUCUCUGUUAGUUGUUUUUGUAUUAUUAUUAUUACUUUGUUGUUGUAUCACAAGUAAUUAUUUCACAUUUUAUUUGGUAUUUUACUGAUUGUCGACCAAAUUGUCUUUUCAUAGCACCUAUGAGCGCCACCUGCUGCCUUACAUUAGAUCGCGGGUCUUCGGUCGGUCAUGUCAGGUUUAUGAUUUUUAUUAAAGAAACUAUCUCGAUCUCUUUUCUCAAGAUCAAAUGCUGACAUAAAAUACGCAGAAAUUUUCUGUGUUCUAUUAUUAUUAUUCUGUGCAUUUUAUUAACUGGAUUACCACGAAUUUCUUCAGGUGCUGUGUCUUGUUCUGUGUCAAUGUUUUUUUUUUAAUUCAGCGUGUUUAAUUCAAUUCGUGUUUUAAAAUGUACAAGAAUAAAAUACAUCUGUGCAUUUUAUUAUGACCAAAAGGAAUACAAAGCCAUCAACAAAAACGAAGGUUUCCUCUUUUACCGGUGGUGUUACUUGACAUUUGCAUCGCCUGUUUGAUUAAAGUUUUAAAAUGGACGGCA